ACUGAGUCAAAGUCUUUUUUAAUUCUUCUGUUACUAGAGUGCAAGCAACCUUCUUGAAAGAGAAUCAAAUUGAUCAAUGAUCUCUAUUCUUUUUUCAAAAACAAAAAAAAUGAAUCUCCAUCUUAUUUCAACUUUCUUGAUAUUUAUGAACACAUGGAUAGCUGUUGGUAGUAGUCCUUCUCAAUUCAUAGGUGAUUUUUCGAUCAACUGUGGCUCAAGUGACACUUCUAAAGCUACAAGUGAUGGCAGGGAAUGGCAUGGAGAUUUGCAGCCAAGAUUUUCCUCUUUCCUGCAAAUAAAGGGCUCGUCAACCUCCUCGACUAUUGUCUAUAAGCCGGUCGCCUCUGCUGAUGAUCUCGUUCCUCCCUAUAACACAGCGAGGCUAUCUCGCUAUCAGUUCUCCUAUGGGUUUCGGGUAAAUCCAGGUCAGAAAAUUCUUCGCCUUCACUUUAAUCCGAGUCUUUAUAAAGGAUAUAAAAGUUGCAAGGACUUAUUCAGUGUGGAUGCCGGCCAUUUCACCCUGCUCACCAACUUUAGUGCUUCUCUUACUGCUCGUGCUCUUGGCGUGACUUCUUUCGUCAAGGAAUACUGCGUGAACAUACCGGAUGUUCAUCUGUUUAACAUUGUUUUCACUCCUACAAGUAAUCAGUUAUUCGAAACAUUUGCUUUCAUAAACGGCAUUCAGAUUAUAGCACUGCCUGCUGGCCUCACUUACUUCCACGGACCUGAUCAGGUCGGACUUCCGGUGGUUGGGAAGUCUCCUAUCUAUGUGGAUGACAGCACUGCACUUGAAAUAAUACGGAGGCUGAAGCUUAAACAUGAUUUGGCUUCAUCAUCUGGUGAUGGUGGUUACACGUUUGGGAUGUGGGAAGCUGUACCGAAGCAGAAGCAAAAGAAACAAAGCGAGAUCAAAAAUAUUACAUGGACAACAUCAGUGGAUGUGGGAUUUAGGUACUUGGUUAGGCUGUAUUUCUCAGAACUGUUACUCAAGUUGGAAGAGAGUGGUUCCGCUGUUGUCUUUAAGGUGAGGAUCAAUGAGAUGCCAGUCGAUACUAGCAUUCAUGUGCUCGGAGAAAGGGGCAAUGAAGAUAGCCGCAUCUCUAGGUAUGUGGACUAUAUGGUGUUGAUGAGAGGGCGCAAACAAGAGGGUAGACGUGACCUCGUUAUCUGGAUUGAGUCGAAUGUGGAUUUUACUGAUGAAAACAGAGCCUUCAAAGGAUUUGAAAUUAUGAAGUUGAGCAACCUUGAGUAUAGUCUUGCCAGUCUGGAUCCACCACUGUCGUCAGUGCAAGAUUCAUCACAUGGGACACUGCAAAAUCUACAAAUAUUUGUUGGUGGCAAGAAUAUGAUUGCAACUAUUGCAAUAACAUUUCUUGUUGCAGCAAACAUCAUUUUUUACACAUUGAGCCAGAUAUGGGGUGUUAAUGCUAGAGGCGCAGAGGAGGAAAACUUGCUGUCGGAGAAGGCUAUACAACUUUGUCGCCGGUUCUCACUGUCUGAGAUCCAAUCAGCCACCAAGAAUUUCAGUGAAGCCUAUAUUAUUGGAAAGGGAGGAUUUGGUAAAGUCUACAAAGCCCUCAUUGACGAUGGGCACGAGACUGUGGCCAUAAAGCGGCUAAAACCAAAUGCAAGGCAAGGAGCACGUGAGUUCCGCACAGAAAUUGAAACAUUGAUUGAGCUUCGACAUGUUAAUAUAGUAUCUCUGAUUGGCUACUGCAACGAGCAUGGAGAAAUGAUUAUUGUUUAUGAAUACAUGGCCAACGGAACGCUGGCUGACCACCUCUACAAACUCGCAAGAAAGAGUGAUAACGUCCCUUAUAUGCACUGGAAGGAGCGCAUUUCUAUUUGCAUCGGAGCUGCCCAAGGGCUGGAGUAUCUUCAUAGUGGUCAGAUACUCAUACACCGUGACAUAAAGGCUUCAAAUAUACUUCUUGACAAAGAUUUCUCAGCUAAGGUCUCAGAUUUUGGUUUGGCCAAAUAUUUAAACAGACGCAAGUCGGAGAGUCACGUGAGCACAAAAAUUAAGGGGACAUUAGGAUACUUGGACCCAAGUUAUUUCUCCACUGGAAAACUGACCAGGAAAAGCGAUAUAUAUGCUUUUGGUGUAGUGUUGUUGGAAGUAUUGUGUGGGAGAUCAGCAGUGGAUCGACUGUAUAUAGGCGAUGAUCAGAUUCUGACCAAAUGGGCUCUACAAAACAUAAGCAAGGGAAGAGUUCACCAGAUUGUAGACUCGGAUAUAGUUGGUGAGAUCAUGGAAGAUAGCCUUGAGUCCUUUGUGGAGCUUGCUACGAGAUGUUUGCUUGAUGAGCCAAAGAAACGGCCACGAAUGGCUCAGGUUGUGACACAACUUGAGAUUGCACUUGAGCAGCAGGAAAGAGCAACACCCUCUCUGGUUCAAGAUGGUGUAACGAGUGAUCUAGAUCAUAUACAUCCAUCUGAUGAAGCGAACAUCAACAAUAAAGUGGAAUACAUCGAGCCACCUUCUACAAGUAAUCCAGCUAAUGAUGAAACUAACUUAUCAUCAAGCAUAGGUCCAGCCAUGACAGCCUCCACAGAUGUACAGGAUGUUACACCGCCUCGUGUAGUACAGAUGGGCAGCAGAAAAGGUGGAAGAAAGUCUACGACGAAUAAGCCAUCACUCUUUGGGUCAUUGGGUGGAUUUUGGAACAAAAUAAAACCAUCAAGUAAAAAUAAGCAAUCCGUAAUAGGCAACCAAGCUGUGGAAACGGUGAAAAAGAGCGACCAAAGUGUCGGUUUGCUUCCAAUCACUGUCCCUGCCAUUCCACUAGAUGUGAUGAAGAACAUUACUGGUAAUUUUAGCUUGAAGUGUUUGAUUGGUAAGGGCUUCAGAGGAGAAGUUUUCCGUACGAUUCUGGAAACUGGACAGGCGGCAGCUAUUAAAAAGCUAGACUACAGCGAGCAAGACCAAGAAUCAUCACUGGUUUCAGUUUUGUCGAAGCUAAAGCAUGAAAACGUGGUUCAGCUACUUGGUUAUUGUACAGAUGGAGACGAGCAAAUCUUGGCUUAUGAGUUUGCUCCUCAUGGGAGCAUACAUGACAUUCUUCAUGCAAAAGCAAGUUCAGAAAUCAGACGACGCAUGCAGGUUCUGUCAUGGACCCAAAGGGUUCAACUUUUGAUUGGAGCUGCAAAGGGAUUGGAAUACAUUCACAGCAUGACACAGAUCCAUCACAACAUCAAGUCCACCAACAUUUUGGUUUUUGGAAAUUACGAUGUUGCUAAGGUCACUGAUCUCCGUCUGUCAAAUCCAAGAUCUGAUAUGACAGAGUGUCUUUCCAUAGUGGCUGGGACUCUUGGUUACCAAGCGCCUGAAUAUUUCAUGAUUGGAGAGGUAAGUUGGCGGAGCGAUGUUUACAACUUCGGUGUGGUGCUCAUGGAACUCUUGACUGGCCACCAACCAAUUGAUAGCUCGCUGCCAAGGGGAAAACAACAUCUUGUGAGCUGGGCAACACCAAAACUCACUACAACCAAGGUAUAUGAGGUUGUUGAUGCUCGACUGGAAGGAAAUUAUCCUCGAAAAGCUGUUGCAAAGAUGGCUGCAAUUGCUGCCUCGUGUGUGCAGUUUGAACCUGAUUCGCGCCCCACAAUGAGUGUUGUUGUAAAAGAGCUUCAGUCUCUAUUGGCUGCUUGAUCUUUUUAUCUUUAUACCUUCCAUUUUUCUUCUUUUUUUUUCUCAGAUUUUGACAUGUAAAUAGCAUUUGAAAUGACUUUUUCUUUAAUGAAAUCACAAUUUCUCAGACA